CUCGUCUCCCCACCCCCCCCAGGCUCGGUCGUGAGGGCCGCGAGCUUCGAAAGGGCGGGAAAGGCGGUUGGAGAGGGAGGGGCGAGCGGUUACUCACUCCAUGGCUGCGCAAAGGAGAGGCGGCGGCGGCCUCGGCUGAAGAAAGAAGGCAGGAGCGGAGAGCGCAGGCGCGAAACCCCUCCUUUUCCCACCCUGCAUUCAUCCACAUCAGGACAUUAUACCUGGAGUGGAGCUUUCCAUCACUUCUGUGGCACCUAUGAUACUGAAUCAAGAUCCAAAGGUUACAGACGCCAGUGGAUUUGCUUUGGGAGCCGGAGUAGCUGCUGCCACCAGAGUCUGGAGCCAUGAGCGGGUUUAGUUUUGGAGGCAGUGGGGCCCCCACAGGUGGGUUCACCUUUGGUCCUACAAAGACGGCAACAACCACGGCUGCUACAAGGUUUUCUUUCUCCACAUCUGGCACUGGCGGGUUUAAUUUUGGGACUCCCUCCCAGCCAGCCGCAAGCACCCCUUCCACCGGCCUCUUCUCGCUCACCACUCAGGCUCCAGCAACACAGACCCCGGGAUUCAGUUUUGGAACCACAACUCCUGCGGCAGGAGCAACCGGAUUUUCCUUAGGGAUCAACACCCCAAAGCUGAGCUUCAGCGGCACGGCCACCACCCCGGCCACGACGCAGCCCGGCGGCUUUGGGCUCGGCGGCAGCACCCUCACCAAUGCCAUCUCGGGCACUGUCACGUCCACCCAGACCUCAGCGCCCACCGGCUUUGUUUUUGGCUCCACCACCACGUCUGCGGCUCCGUCCACCACGCCUGGAGGCUUCUCGUUCACAGGUGGAAGCACGUCCCAGACUGGGACCUCCAGCUUCAAUAUCGGCCCCAUGGGGAGUUCGGCCCAGCCCACGGCCCUCACCGGGCUGCCCUUCACUCCGGCCACCCUGGCGGCCUCCGGAGUGGGGGCCACACAGCCGGCUGCUCCCACACCCGCUGCUCCCACCACCAGUGCUGGGCCCUCGCUCUUUGCCUCAUUGGCAACCGCUCCAACCUCAUCCGCCGCCGCCACCACCGGGCUCUCCCUUUGUGCCCCAGCGACCACAGCAGGGAUACCUGGAGCGGGAACGCUGGGCUUCAGCCUGAAGGCCCCCGGAGCAGCUUCCACCACCUCCACGGCGACGACCACCACUGCCACCACCACCACCACCACCACCACCGGCUUCUCCUUGAAUAUAAAACCGCUGGCUCCAGCUGGGAUCCCCAGCAACACAGCGGCCUCCGGGACCGCCCUGGCCGGCCCCAGUGCAGCUGCCGGGGGCUCCGCCAGCCCCGCGAUGACCUACGCCCAGCUGGAGAGUCUGAUCAACAAGUGGAGCCUGGAGCUGGAGGACCAGGAGCGGCACUUCCUGCAGCAGGCCACGCAGGUCAACGCCUGGGACCGCACGCUGAUCGAGAACGGGGAGAAGAUCACCACCCUCCACCGCGAGGUCGAGAAGGUGAAGCUGGACCAGAAGAGGCUGGACCAGGAGCUCGACUUCAUCCUGUCUCAGCAGAAGGAGCUGGAGGAUCUGCUGAGCCCACUGGAGGAGUCAGUCAAGGAGCAGAGUGGGACGGUGUACCUGCAGCACGCCGACGAGGAGCGCGAGAAGACCUACAAGCUGGCCGAGAACAUCGACGCACAGCUGAAGCGCAUGGCCCAGGACCUCAAGGACAUCAUCGAGCACCUGAACACGUCAGGGGGGCCCGCCGACACCAGCGACCCGCUUCAGCAGAUCUGCAAGAUCCUCAACGCACACAUGGACUCGCUGCAGUGGAUCGACCAGAACUCGGCCCUGCUGCAGAGGAAGGUGGAGGAGGUGACCAGGGUGUGCGAGGGCCGGCGUAAGGAGCAGGAGCGCGGCUUCCGCAUCACCUUCGACUGAGCGGCUGCCCAGCAGGUGCGCAGCAGGGGCAGGGCCUGCAGCGCUGUCUGGUUUUCGGGUUGCAAUGAAGUACAUGUUCUGCUCAUUUGUUUCUUUCUUUCAAACAGUCGUGCUGUUGAGAGAACUGUUCUGUGGUUUGACUUACUGCCUUAGCGAAUAGAAAGGAUUCUCAGCGCUCCAGUCUAGGCAGCAGCCUCAUAGGUGUGGUUUCUAUGUGUAUCAUCUGUUUCCUAGAUCCUCUCCACCUACUACAACCACCCAACUCCCAAGUGCUGGAGAAGCGCUGAGCUGCCUGAGAACAACUUGUCUCCCAUCUGGGACUCCGGGCGGCCACUCUGUCCAACACAGUCAUAGGUCCAGGGAGAAAAGACUACGGUUGAAGACUCUCCAUCCUCAAGGAGCCAGCAACGUGGUAUAAGUGUAACCAGUACAGAGAAGUGACUUGUGAAUGGAACGGACAGUGGGCUGUAGAAUUUCAAAGGAGGAAAGACAGGUCAGAUGAGGGACUUGAAUGAGGUGUUGAGAAAAGAGGUCUCACCUUGCCUCGCUGACACACCUCAUCCUCCGGGUCUCUUAAUCUUAGGCCUCACCUCCUCCAGGAAGCCCUCUCAGCCACCCUGAAGCUGGGUCAGGUGGCCGUCUCAUGGGCCCCACACCACACUGAGCUUUGAAGCUCACACCUGUGGUAACACUCGCCACACUGUAUUGUGCCAACUGUUUAUUUCUCUGCCUCAGCAUUAGGUUGUGAGCCCCUGUGGGCAGGGACUGUCUCCCUUGUGUCCUCAGCAUAAUUGCUGUCACACUUUUCAAACGCGUGAACAGUAGAGAUGAAACCAGCAUAAAACGUUAGUCCACAGAAUGCCUGUUGAAGUAGCCAAGGUGCCAGAGGUGGCCACAGACUUGGUCCUGAACCUCCCAAAGCCAAAGCAAUCAUGGUCAGAUCCAGUGAGAUCCACAAGUGUCCAGAAGGCAGAAGCCAGCCAGCUGUAUCCCAGUGUCUUUUGUAUUUGUCUUUACACUCUGCUGUACUCUCUGAAAUACCUAUGGCUGUAUGUUGCUUUUCUAAAUAAAAUAAAGUUUAUUGUGGGAAAAAAAAGCUGCUAUUAA